GGUUGGCGCAGGCGCACAGCUCUGGCCAGGCAGGAUGGCGGCUCUAGCGCCUCAACCCAGCAAGAGAAAGCGCGAACUGGACGGCGAAGAGGCGGAAGCCGCCAGCAUAGAAGAAAAGGAAGCGGGCGUUGGGAAUGGUACCUCCGCCCCUGUGCGCUUACCGUUCUCCGGCUUUAGAGUGAAAAAAGUGCUGAGGGAGUCUGCGAGGGACAAAAUCAUUUUUCUCCAUGGGAAGGUGAAUGAGACCUCUGGGGAUGGAGAUGGAGAGGAUGCUGUUGUAAUCCUAGAGAAGACACCGUUUCAGGUAGAGCAGGUGGCCCAGCUCCUGACGGGCAGCCCUGAGCUCCAGUUGCAGUUCUCCAAUGAUAUUUACAGCACCUAUCACCUGUUUCCUCCGCGGCAGUUGAGUGACGUGAAGACAACCGUGGUUUACCCUGCCACAGAGAAGCACCUGCAAAAGUAUCUGCGCCAGGACCUCCACCUGGUGCGAGAGACGGGAAGCGAUUACAAGAACAUCACCUUACCCCACCUGGAGUCCCAGAGCCUCAGCAUCCAGUGGGUAUACAACAUUCUCGAUAAGAAGGCGGAAGCUGACCGGAUUGUUUUUGAGAACCCAGAUCCCUCUGAUGGCUUUGUCCUCAUCCCCGAUCUCAAGUGGAACCAACAGCAGCUCGAUGACCUGUACCUGAUUGCAAUCUGCCAUCGCCGGGGCAUCCGAUCGCUUCGGGACCUCACUCCAGAGCACCUGCCGCUGCUCAGGAACAUCCUCCGGGAGGGCCAGGAAGCCAUCCUGCAGCGCUACCAGGUGAGCGGAGACCGUCUCCGCGUGUACCUGCAUUACCUGCCUUCCUACUACCACCUGCACGUGCACUUCACGGCCCUGGGCUUCGAGGCCCCCGGCUCCGGGGUGGAGCGGGCCCAUCUGUUGGCGGAUGUGAUCGAGAACCUGGAGUGUGACCCGGACCACUACCAGCAGCGCACACUCACCUUCGCCCUCAGGGCCGAUGACGCUCUGCUCGAGCUCUUGCAGGAGGCCCAGAGGAGCUGAGUCCGACCCAGGGGCUGUCCGGCGAAGAACACGGAUGUGUGAGAUCGGGGGGCUGGGGAAGGACUUCGGGACUUUUAGCACCAAGUGAAUUUUUUAAAAAAUGUAUUUUGUACUGGCUUAUUCCUAGUAUGUGAAUAAAGUAUUGGUCUCCUUUGGUGUGGACUGAUGACUGGGGAGGCAGGUGGUGCCGGCAGAACAGGGUAGGAAGAUCCUGGUACAGGAGCCAAGUCUGGGGUGGUGGCUUCAGCUGACCCGGAUGUGUGCCAAGGGCUUUCUCCAAAUCCCAGUAAACACCAUCCUUGGUGAUUUCUGUGUCCCGAAUCUGACGGUGCCUUUCCCUGUCUUCGGUCCUUCCUACUCUGCUCUCACCUCCCCCUUCCUUCUUCCCAUUUGCUGUAUCUUCCUCCUGGUUUUCAAGGCCCAUGUGUCUGGGAGUUCCC